AUGCUGCAGCUGCCGGUCGAGCUGAAGCUCAUCAUCCUCCGGCUGUUGCCCCGCGAGGACAUGUUCACCCUUCUCACGGUGAGCAAGGAGCUCAAGGCGCUUGUUCACCCCCUCUUCUACGAGCACAUGCUGUUCACGAAAGCCGGCUUCGCUUUCCCUCACGCGCCCAAUCCGUUCCCCCUCCUCGACGUACCCAACCUGCAGGUUCCCAACCCCGUCCUCGAUGAGGAGCGCGACAGUAUCGUCAACGGCAUUCGCACUAUCACCAUCGUUCCGCACUUCUUUGCCUCCUGUGCUGGCUGGCAGAACCUGCAGAAACGCAUCCUGCCACCCAACGCUGAAGUUCUCAAAGUCGAGCUCGCCUUCCCUUCGCCCGAUGGUAUCGCCUGUGGCCACCGUCCUGUCCGCUGCGGUCACUGCGGCAGAUGCCAGAUGAACGACGACGAUCACGAUGCUGAUGGCGCCCAUCCUUUCCCCGAGUGUGGAUUCAUCGAUGCUCUCCACAGUAUCACGCCGAACAAGGUCGUCAUCAAGAACUACCCCGCCCUUCUGAAUGGCCAAAGCUCCACCUGCCUGCCAAAGCUGGCCGAUGCUGCGUCUGAGUUCGUGGUUGUGCUCGAGCCACACGCGCUGCCGAACAGCGAGACAGUCGGGGGAUACUACUUCGCCGACGCCUGCCCCAACGGAGAUGACCACAUGGGAGCCAUGGCACUCAUGGACAUGAUUCCGAGCAACGCCACAGAAGUCACGCUGGUGUUCAUGACGCCGAAGCCCGGAACGGAGUGGGCGCCUGGCUGCAAGCACUACGAGUACGACUGGUACGCUCGAGGGUGUGUCACUCCAUGCCCCUGUGGCGGAGGCUGCUGUGACCGGGACGUCCUCCACUCAGACGACGACGUUGAGGAGGAGCAGCAGUCCUGCUGGCAGUCUGAAUUCUGGAGAGAUCUUGCGAGUGGUGUAGCCAAGUCGAAGGCCCGCAUCAACAUUGUCAACUAUUCCGCGAUCAUUCCCGACUGUGUCAACCGCUUCGAAGCACUCGAGACUCUCAAGCGCGGCGGCAAGCGUCUCACCGCGCGCAAGACGUUCUUGAACGAACUGCGCGACGCACACGAGACGAAGGAGGCAUACGACGCGCGCCUGCCCAACGUGCACCUCAUGUCGAUGGAGAACUGGAUCCGCUCCGGAGCUUGGGAGGACGUCUUUGAGCGCAAGGAGAUCAGCCUCUGGCUCGACCGCGUCGAGAAGCUCAAGACGAAGGCGAAGUGGAAGGCGAUCGCAAAGAAGCCCAAGACCAAGACUGCAAAGCAGAAGGUCAAGUCUGCGAAAGCAAGUACUACGAAGGACGGCACGCAGUCUGCCGAAGCCGCCUCCGCCGAUACUGCCAAACAAGCCACUCUCUCUGAGCCUGCCGACCGCUCUGUGCCCAUGGAGAUUGAUGCCACUUCCUCUUCGGGCUUGUGA